AUGUCUAAAGACUCGUUCUUGCUAGAAGAAGAAGAAGACGGUGCAAUUCCACUCAAUCUGGCCACGUUCAGCUCCAAAGUCAAUAAAAACAAGAAUCUCUUGCGCCAGCCGAUCUGGACGGAUUUGGGAACUGACCAGUUGAGAAGUGAUGCUAAGGUGAAGAAAAUCCCUGACCAGACGAUUCUUAAACUGCUUCAUAGCGGCAUGGGGGACGAUUCGUUGACUGAUUUUUUGUCGAACGGGUAUAACGCGGAGUUUUCCGUUUUGGCAAACGACAAUUGCAAUGUUUCAGAUAGUUGGCUGAAUGUGACGAGUGAUUUUCCGGUAAACCAUACAUUCAGCAACGUCAGGAUGCGUUCUACAAGCGGGAGCCACCACCAUCAUCAACAGCUGAACGAGUACCCAGCGUUGCAUACGCCGCAGGUCGGCAGAACUCGCCAGAUGUCGCUGGAAAAGUACCAGACUCCCAUUGGACGCAUUGUGCGUUAA